UAUUCGGUUGCAGGCUGCAAUGACAUGAGAGCAAAUAAUUUUAUUUCCUUGAAAUUCCCACAAGUUCAAAAUCCCGCCCGAUUGUGGUCGUCGAAGUGCACUAUGAGUGUGUUCGAACCCGUCAUUUUGAAAUUGCUUGGAGGAGUCUGAACUACAUGACAAACAAAUUCACUAAUUACUAACUAAACAAAAUUAUAAUUGCAUUUUAAUAAUAUAAUUAAAAAAAUAAAUGUGUCUCUUACCUAGCCAUCUUUGCAGCAACCAACAUAGCUCCUCCCUCUCGUUUAGCUUACUCGUAUUAGUUUUUGGUGUGGUGAGGAGCAACUGAAAAGAAAGCCUGACAUAUAUGCUGAAGUGGGUGGGCAAGGUAGUCAGUCCGCAUAAGACUCAUGCGAAACCGCUGGUCAACAUUUGGGGAAUUUGUAAGCAAAAUAAAGAAAAAGCCAAUGGAAUCAAACCAAUCUCACGCGGCCCCGAUGGUCAAUAUUUUAGGAAAUUCACCGAAAUGAAAACAAAGACAGUGCCACUCAGAACCAAAAAAAAAAAAAAAGAUAUAGCCCGCCAGUUUCACGCAUGUCCGCGCUUUUUACAUAAAAAAUCUUAAAUAGCAGAUCCGCUUUAGUCUGAUGCGAACGCGCUCUCUUCCCCUCUAAAACACAGUAUUUGUGUCAAUAAAUUUAAAACCGCCAUAUUUGUGAUAAAUUGAAAAAAAUUACAAUAUUUUGGAAAUUACCUCUCAAAAUCCCCAUUUUCAAAUCCAACAAGCAAACACAUUAUAGGGGUCGUUUGGAUUAGGGUUUUGUUUGAGGGAUUUGGGUACAAUCUCUCAAAGUGAGGGAUUUUAAUUAAAAUCACUUGUUUGCGAAGUAUUUUUUCGAUAAGAGAUUUUAAAUAUUCCGGAUUCUAAAAACCCACAUUUGUGGGAUUGUGAAAUAGCUGAUGACCAUAAGCUAUUUUGAAAUCUCUCAAUAUUUUACCAAUUUGUUCCAUAUAUACCCAUGCUUUUUUCUGAAAAUCCAAAUGUACCCUUCUUCUAGGGAGUUGAUAAAGGUCGUCCUAACAAUUACUAAUGAUCGUCCUAAAAAACAACAAAGUUACACUUUUAACCUUUUGACAUCUUUACCUUUCCUUUAGCAAACAAACACCACAUUCACCGUCGGGACACACUAUUUCCGCCUUCUUCUUCUUCUCCUUAACCUUACGUGGAUUUUUUUCUUCAUUUUCUUUUCUACCGGUCGCUGUAAGUCUACAAGCACGACCUUCCAUUCUUCCUUCCGUUUUUUCUUCCAUUCUUUUCUUAUUCAUGUACGGUUUGCCUAUUCCAUGUCCAGACAUCUUCAAAAAAAAAAAAAAGAUUUACAAUUAAUGAUAAUCAAAUGCAUUAACAUUUUCUGAUAAUUUUCUCUAAUUUUUUUGUAGUUUUUUGAUAAUUUAUUAACAUUAAUUACAACUUUCUUAGUGAUUUCUUCUAAUUUCGGCUACUUUUUAAUUUUCCUAUUAUUUCUAAUAUGUUUUUUAAAUUAAUUACAAAUUUACAGAUUAUAUUUCUGAAUUUUAAUACUCUUUAAAAUUUUCAAAUAAUUUUUAAUAAAUUUUUAUACAUUAUUCACAAUAUUUUUUUCAUAAUUGAAUUCAUAAAACUAUUCGAAUAUAAUUUUUAUAAUUAAUUAUAAACUGUACAACUUAUUUAUAAUUAACUACAAUUUAUUUCUUAUUUCUUAAUUUAGAAUAUUUAAUAACAAUUUUUAUUAAUUAAUUGCAUUAAAAUAAUUUAAAUACAAAACCAACCGAAAAUUGACCAAGGUUUGACCAUGGGUCAACCGAAAGUUGACUUCGGUUUGACCAUGGCUAAACCGAAAACUGACUUCGGUUUGACCGAAGGCCAACCGAACGUUGACCUCGGUUUGACCGAGGGCCAACCGAACGUUGACCUCGGUUUGACCGAGGGCCAACCGAACGGCGGCUUCGGUCGUCGAAGGGAGGGCGUCGAAGGGAGGAGGGAGCUGACCUUCUCCGGCGAGUGGGGUUUGACGGCGCUGUUGGCGAAGACGGCGACUGCUGGCGCUGUUGGCAACGAUGGCGACGGCGAGUGGGGUGCGGCGCGACGAGGUGGACUGACGGCGCGCGACUCCCCUCCGACGGCGUGGGUUGCGGCGGCGGACUACGCUGCAGACUGACGCGACUCCAGCAGCGUGGGUUGCCGCGGCGGACGGCUCCGGCGAGGUGGGUUGCGGCGGCUGCUCUGCUGCCUGCGGCGGCUUCCUUUUGUCGGGGGAGAGUUGUCUGUCGGGGGAGAGGAAGUGGGGGAAGGGGUUGUUUGUUUAGGGUUUGUUUUUGAAUUUUAGAAAGGGUAAUUCAGUAAAUUACGUAUUAAGUU